AUGGCUGUUGAACCUGUGCGAAUCAAUGUUACCAUGAGUGAGGAUGGAACGGUGACGAAUGCGUUGGUUUUUAGUCUGAAGGACAUCAGACGAUUGAGAGAGCAAGGUGUUUGCGGUGUUCUCUCUGGUAGUCUGCCUACGAUUGCACAGCAGAAUGUGUUUCUGUCUGUUCCUUUAAGGCUGUCUGCUGAAGAAGCUGUGUGGUUGCUGGAGAAAGGCUACGCUAGGGCGAAUGUGAGUAGACCCACCGCUAUUAGCGAGACGCUACAGGACGAGAGUUUGGCCAGCGAGCUAUCGGAGAAGGCAAAGUUGAGAGUGGAGGAAGAGUUUGAGCGACAGCGAGUCUACAAAAGGGAGCAGCACGCUUUGAAGUUGCGAAAGCUUGGGAUCGAGGAGAAACAUAGGGACGAAGAUGAACAUUUGCUGGAAUCCUCGCUGUUCUACGAGGUCAUGAACGAUUCCACAAUACUGCGAGAUGGGAGCGGAGAUGCCGAAGAUUUGGUGGAUCGCUUGAAGGCGAAAUACUCUCAGGACGGUAACUUCAAGGUGUUCCGCAGCUUGAGAAGCCACGGUUUGGUUGUGUCACCGGGCGCGAGAUUUGGCGGAAAGUUCAUCGCCUAUCCAGGAGACCCACUCCGAUACCAUUCGCAUAUGGUGGUCAGCUCGCCGCUUGACUACAGAAAAGAUCCGAUCGAGUUCCGCGAUAUAAUCAACGGAUCCAGGCUGUCAACUACCGUUAAAAAGAUAUGGGUUCUGAGUGGCAUCGACACACAGGAGAGGCAAGAGGAAGAACAGGUCAAGUUCUUCUCGAUCGAAUGGGCGGGGUUCGGUUAA